AUGGCAUCUGAGAUGGAGACCCAAGGCGAACUCGAUGAGAAUGGACUUCCGGGUCCUGGAGCCCCGACCCCGCUAUCCGCGCUGGAAGGAACUGCGGGUCUGACUGCGCGAGAUAUCAAGUUGUUUGUGGAUGCCGGAUACUACACCGUCGAAUCGGUGGCCUAUACUCCGAAACGAGUAUUGGAGCAAAUCAAGGGCAUCUCAGAGCAGAAAGCCACUAAGGUCUUGGUCGAGGCGGCGAAGCUUGUCCCCAUGGGAUUCACAACUGCAACCGAGAUGCACGCGCGACGAAGCGAACUAAUUUCUAUCACGACCGGAUCUAAGCGACUCGACACCCUGCUCGGCGGUGGAAUCGAAACCGGAUCCAUCACAGAAAUCUUUGGAGAGUUCCGAACGGGAAAGAGUCAAAUCUGCCACACCCUUGCUGUUACCUGUCAAUUGCCAUUUGACAUGGGUGGUGGAGAGGGAAAAUGUCUCUACAUCGAUACGGAGGGAACUUUCCGGCCUGUCCGUCUGCUUGCAGUCGCCCAGAGGUUUGGUUUGGUCGGCGAAGAGGUUCUUGAUAAUGUGGCAUAUGCUCGUGCCUAUAACUCCGAUCAUCAGCUCCAACUGCUCAACCAGGCAUCACAAAUGAUGUGUGAGACUCGAUUCUCACUGCUUGUUGUCGACUCCGCGACCGCAUUGUACCGUACGGACUUCAACGGCCGUGGUGAGCUCUCAUCAAGACAGACUCACCUAGCAAAGUUCCUGCGCACACUGCAGCGCCUCGCCGACGAAUUCGGUAUCGCCGUCGUGAUCACCAACCAAGUUGUUGCUCAGGUUGACGGUGGACCCAGCGCAAUGUUCAACCCUGAUCCUAAGAAGCCCAUUGGUGGUAACAUCAUCGCUCAUGCCAGUACCACUCGACUCAGCCUGAAGAAGGGCCGAGGUGAGACUCGUGUUUGCAAGAUUUAUGACAGCCCUUGCCUUCCGGAGAGUGACUGUCUCUUCGCUAUCAACGAGGAUGGAAUUGGCGAUCCCAAUGAGAAGGAUAUGGAGAACGACUAA